AUGACCAAUUUGCCGUGGUUUCGGCUUCAGUCCGUGCUCGAGCAACCAGAAUACAUGUUCUUGCAGGCAUCUCCUGCGCUAGACGGAGUCCCAUCGAUCCCAUCAAGCAGUUCUAAUUGCCUUCCGACUGAGGCCAGGCGAGGUAUUCUAUCGAAUUUGCUCGGCUCAAAAUUGGAAGUCCAGCUUCUAGAAAAUGUCCCCCAGGUGACAAGCAAACUCCAACGGCUCGUGCCCGAAAGAUAUGAAGGGGAACUGUCCGAAAAAGUUGGCCAACUCCUCAAUCCACGCUCGACAAGCCAUUCCAGCCUCUGGUUUCUCUUCGGACUGGCAGCGUACUUUGUGUCCAACAAUACUCUAGGGGAUAUUCGGACGGACGCCUUUCUGACAUGGGUGAUUGAUCAGAAAUACACGGACUCCCUGGAACGAUUGCUCCAGAUCAAUACACCAACAACCCAGGCUGCUACAGAGGAACAAAUAGGGUCAAAUUGCUCCAUCACCUUGUUAGAGGGAACCACUUCGAGCUGGCUCAAACGCUUGUCGAGAACGGAGUAUCCGUGGACAGCUGCGUCAGAUUUCUACUCGACCUUGGCGCCAACGUCAAUACCGUUGUGUAUGCAAAACGAAGCAAACACCGCGCUUGGAAUAGCGGUCGCCAGAAAGAAUACAGAGAUUGUGGCCCUGCUCCUGGAACAUGAUGCAAGCACUUCAUACGAAGUGGCAGGGAUAGAUCUUCUGGAGUGGCCUUCGUUAAAUUGGCGGAACAUCUACAGUCUUCUAAAGGAAAAGAUCGGGUCCGUUGCUGUAGGCGCCACUAUCGGAGACUUGGUCGAUGCAACGAACCAAAGUAGUCAUUCCCUUCAUGCUCACACUAUUGCAACACGGAGUCAGCCUAGACUGCCACACCUUGGACAGAAGACCUCUUGGACAGCUUUGAAUUUAAAACGACCUCGCCAGGUUUGCGACGUCCUGAUAGGGUUCAAAGCAGAAGUUAACGUGCCUGGUAUUCUCAGGAGAGUCAUCCUGAAGGGCGACUUUCAACUCCUACAAACGUUCGUGAAUUCCGGGGUAAACCUCGAGGAGCAAGGCAUGGAAGCCUUGGUCGAAUCAGCAGGUCUGGGCAACACAACGUCAGCCGCCUUUCUACUGCAUUCCGGAGUAGAUAUCAAUACUCCUGGACUAGAAAUGAAUCCUCUUCAAACGGCUGCCGAGGAGGGAUGUUUGGAGAUGGUUGAGUUCCUCCUCUCAUAUGGCGCGGACAUAAACGCACCAGCCUAUAUGAGGAAUGGACGCACCGCAUUGCAAUCACCAACUACAUGUGCAGCGCAGUACGGACGCCUUAAAAUGGUGAGAAUGCUCCUUGACCAUGGCGCCGACAUCAACGAGGCCCCGGCGUAUCGAUUUGGGCGGACCGCGCUUCAAGCUGCCGUGUCCACAGAAGACAUGGAGCUCGUACAAUUCCUUCUUGAGAAAGGCGCAGACGUCAAUGCGAAGCCGGCUAUUCAUGGCGGAAUAACUGCCCUACAAGGUGCUACCGUAUCCGGCAACAUCAUGCUAGCCAAAUUACUUCUCGACAAAGGCGCUCAUGUCAAUGCAGCGCCUUCUUUUUCUGAGGGCCGAUAUGCCAUCGAGGGUGCUGCUGAGCAUGGCCGUUUGGACAUGGGCCUGUUCCUUCUGAAUGCUGGGGCGGUGGGCAAUGUGUUCCGUGGAACGGGGUUCAAAUACGCCAUUAAACUUGCGGAGGAGAACGGUCAUUUUGCAAUUGCAAAUCUCUUGAAAAAUGACUGCACGCCUCCGCAGCAAAGUCGCGAACAAGAGCUGGCAUACGUUGGCUCAUGGGCUGAGCGGUCUGAUCUCAACCAACAGAGCGGUUCGGGUUGUAUGAACUCAGAUUCAUCCGGUCGUACGAGCGACAGAAGUAUGUCCAAGCCUGCCCUGACGAAAUCGAGUGCUAUCCUCACCGUCCAACAGGCGACAAGAGUGCGCCACGUACCGAAGAAACCAAUCAAAAUGGGCUCAAUGACAAAGGACGACGAGCGUGGCCAGGAGCACGCUCCGCUGGAGCGACACAUCACUCAGGUAGUGUCGGAAGACGUUGGUUCCCGGGAAAAGGAUCUUGAAAUGCCGAUCCUUCCGACCCUGGAGCCCCGACGAUUGAGAGAGUGCAAGCAGACCAUAUCAAUGUUUGAACAGACUCUUGGGCCUUUCGCUUCAAGCUGGGCUACUUCUCAUUCUCUCGGCUGGCUUUUGGAUAAUCGCUGGAUCUAG